AUGGCCCCACCCCGUGCUGCGGCGUCCCCAACUCAUCCGGCCGCUACGACCGGACCGGAGGAGGAGAGAUACACGGACGAUCCGCAUUGGAACAAGGGAAAUAUCGUACUCCUCGCCGGCGAUACGCGCUUCCGCGUGCCCGACUAUUUGCUGUAUUGGUCCAGCCCGCUCUUGACGCGCACUUGCUAUGGGCAGAGAAUGAUCAAACUGGAGCGCGACGCAUCGACGCUCCGCCUCUUCCUCAUUCUUGCCGCCACCUUGCGCGUCGACUUUACGCUUCCCGUACCCGCGCUGGCCUCUCUCUUCCGUCUCCUCACCGCCUGGGAGUGCAAUACUCUCGGGGCCCUGGCGAUCGAGCGCAUCGACGCUGCCCUGCGGGGCAACCUGGUACACCCCCUGAAGCUCCUCCACCUCGGACUCGCGGCGGACUGCGAACCCCUCCGCGUCAUGGCACUGUGCUUCACGGCCCCUGGCAACGUGGGCGAGCCGCUGUACCACACUCCCCAGCGAGGCGGCGCGUGGAAUGCCUUCUCGCCUGACAACUGGCCGUUCGCGCUGUGGGAGACACUCGAUGCCUUCCCUGCCGCUGUGUGGGCGCUUGCCAAAGCCACGAGUGUUAGUUUUACGCCAGGCGAGGCCCUUGCAGAGUUGUUCGAGCGCCUGUAUGCCGAAGCGCAAGGGACACGUGUCCCAGCGGCCACGCGUUAG